AUGUCUGACUUCCUGGCGCCGCGGGCGGCGUGCAAUUUCGCCGCUCCCGUCGAAUACCGCCGCCCUCCAUCGCGUGCGUGCUUGGGGCCGCAGGCGGAGACCAGCCCCAACCUCUACAACGUACGCGAGAGAAACAGUGUCAAUGCCUCUCCCGGGCCGCAUGCGACGUACUCCGCGGAGAACAAGUACUCGUGGAACCCGUACUACAGUCCCGCAACGGAAGGAGGCGCGCGGGCCUCGAGGAGUUUCCCAGAGGAAUGCAACGCGAUUUCGCCCUGCGGGCCUUGUCCCAUCGCUAUAACGCCGCUGCAGGGAAGGUGCAUGGCGAGGUGCGGCAGGGUGUCGUCGUCACCGGCGGAAUCGCCCGUGCACAGCUUUGCUUGCGAGACGCCGACGAUGAUGUCGGGCCUUGAACUUUCGCCGCACUUUUCAAGCGUGCCGAGCGAGGGUGGGCCCGCCGCGUUGAUUGCCGGAAUUCACGCCAUAGACGACAACGCCAUCGUGGGCUCCACGUGUGGGUCCCACCUGGACAACAUGCCGUAUAGUUUUUUGCCGUAUGCCCCCAUUCAACCCGUGGGGGAGUCGUGUCCUUUCAACGACCUGGGCGCGAAGGAGAAUGUCGCCUUUGACCUGGUCGGGGCGACGGGUGCGGAGACGCCGCAGGGGCAGCGAUACUUCGCCCCACUCUUUCUGCCACACAGCCAGCAGAACGCCUCUUCGUACCCGUACUUCAUGGAGCCAGGCUCCCUGCAGCUGGCACCAGGGCACUCCGCCAGCACCAGGACCUCACUGCUGCGCUUCUCGAAGAUGCUUCCGCCCCCGGUGCGGUGGGAUGCGGCGGGUGUGCUGGAGCGCGACAACCCCCAGCUGCCUCUUUCUGUCCUGUACGCUCCGGCGUGUCGGUGGUACAAGCACCUCCUAUCGCUCCAAGGCGAGGGGUUUCCCUCGUGGCUUGGCAGCAGUUGCGGCCUGAGCGUCAGUGGCAAGGGCUCUUAUGCGGAGUUGGAGAUGCCGUGCCCGGCGCCGCCAAAUGAGGCGGAGCAAGAUGCGAACAACAUGCGAAUGUGGCUGAAGAAGUGCAAUGAGUGGUGGGACAAAUAUUUUUCUGACAAGUCGCGGCACGGCGAUAGGCGGCGAAACGGAGGCGGGCGGCCGAAAUUGCGGCCCCGCGGCAACUCCUACCAAUACCAUACUUCUUACUGA